AUGACCAAACAUUCAGAAGUUAAACUGACUUCAGUAGCACAACAAGCCAAACCAAAUUUAUUGAAAAUGAAACUAUUCGCCGCCGCCUUCAUCGCCACUUUGGCUUUCGCCUGUGCUGAUGUCUCCCAUCUGGGCUAUGGCUACGACCAGCCUGCUGCUAGCGCACCAUCCAACCAAUACAUCCCACCUGCAGCUAGCGCUCCAGCACCAGUCUACAGUGCCCCAGCUCCAGUUUACCAACCAGCUGCUGCUGCCCCAGAACCAGUCUACUCUGCCCCAGCACCAGCUCCAGUCUACCAACCUGCGCCAUCUGCUCCAGUCUCAUCUUACAUCCCACCUGCAGCUAGCGCUCCAGCACCAGUCUACAGUGCCCCAGCUCCAGUUUACCAACCAGCAGCAGCUGCCCCAGAACCAGUCUACUCUGCUCCAGCUCCAGCUCCAGUUUAUGCCCCUCAACCAGCUGCCUCUGAAGUCUAUGAGCAACCCGCUGAAGAUGGUUACAGAUACCGCACCGUACGUCGUCGUGUCUACAAACAACGCCGCUUCUAA